CAGCAGCUGAAAGUUGUGCAGUCCUUCUUUAAAGGCGACUCCUCCUACAUUCCCACAGCCACCUUCCAAAGCUAUUGUUUUCUUUUGCCUGAUUCUAUUCCUACACUGCAAGGGAGCUGGCAGGACUGAAAGGAGAGCAGCACCAGAAAAGAAAAUAGUUAAUUACAAAGCACCGGCUUUGAACAAGUUUCUGUACUUGUCCCUCUGUACUGGACAUCAUGGUACGAAGUGUAGCCAUUAUUGGAGCUGGAGUGAGUGGCCUGGCUUCCAUCAAAAGCUGCCUGGAAGAGGGACUGGAACCAACCUGCUUUGAGAAGAGUGAUGACAUUGGGGGACUCUGGCGGUUCACAGAGUCCCCAGAGGAAGGCAGAGCCAGCAUUUACUCCUCAGUAUUCACCAACUCAUGCAAAGAAAUGAUGUGCUACCCAGACUUCCCCUUUCCAGAGGAUUUCCCAAACUAUAUGCACAACACCAAGCUUCAGGAGUAUAUCAAGCUGUAUGCCAAGCACUUUGGUCUUGUAAAAUACAUACAGUUUAAGACUCUUGUGAGCAAAAUCAAGAAGUGCCCUGAUUUCCCUAUGACUGGACAAUGGGAUGUCAUAACAGAGAAAGAUGGCAAGGUGGAAUCAACUGUAUUUGAUGCUGUUAUGAUUUGCUCUGGACAUCAUAUUUAUCCAAAUAUUCCAGUUGACAGCUUCCCUGGCUUAGAGAAGUUUAAAGGUAAUUUCUUCCACAGCCGGGUAUACAAAGGACCUGAAAAGUUCAAGGGGAAGAAGGUUUUGGUUAUUGGCCUUGGGAACUCUGGCUGUGACAUUGCUGUGGAGCUCAGUAACAUUGCCUCACAGGUGUGUAUCAGCUCUAGAAGUGGAUCCUGGGUGAUGAGUCGUGUUUGGGAGGAAGGCUAUCCUUGGGAUAUGUUGCUUAUAACUCGCUUUGAAACAUUCCUCAGAAACACCCUCCCAACUGCCAUUUCUGACUGGUUGUACGUGAAGCAAAUGAACAGAUGGUUCAGACAUGAAAACUAUGGUCUGAUGCCACUGAACAGAACUCUGCGUAAGGAGCCAGUCUUCAAUGAUGACUUGCCAAGCCGUAUCACUUGUGGAACUGUAGUGGUGAAGCCCAAUGUGAAGGAGUUUACAGAAACGUCUGCAAUAUUUCAAGAUGGGUCUGUGCAGGAAGGUCUUGACUACAUCAUUUUUGCCACAGGCUACACCUGUUCCUAUCCAUUCAUGGACGAUGACUCCAUAAUCAAGAGCAGGAACAAUGAAGUCACUCUGUACAAAAGCAUCCUUCCCCCUUGUCUGGAGAAACCCACCAUGGCAGUUAUUGGCUUGGUCCAGUCCCUUGGAUCAACUAUCCCAACUGCAGAUCUUCAGGCUCGCUGGUCCACAAGAGUGUUCAAGGGAUUAUGUAAACUGCCUUCACACAGCAGUAUGAUGGAUGACAUUGAUGAAAAAAUGGGAAAGAAGCUAAAAUGGUAUGGACAGAGUGAUACUAUACAAACGGACUAUAUUGUCUACAUGGAUGAACUCGCCUCCAACAUAGGCAUCAAGCCCAACCUUACACUCCUGUUCCUGACAGAUCCCAAGCUGGCUCUGGAAAUCUAUUUUGGCCCUUGUAGUCCAUAUCAGUUUCGUUUAAUGGGGCCAGGGAAGUGGAAUGGAGCCAGAAAUGCCAUUCUUACACAGUGGGACCGAACACUUAAGGCCACGAAGACUCGAGUUGUACAGAGUACUCAGAAGUCUCUCCUACUCUAUUUUUUGCUCAAAAUAUUUGUCCUCCCACUUCUCCUCAUUGCUUUUUGGGUGAUGUUUAAUUGAGUAAUCAUAAACUAAACAUCACAAUAAGUGCAUAGGAUUCAGAUAAACAAGAGAUGGACAAGUGUAGCCUUACAGAUAUUAUUGGACUGCAACUUCUAUCAGUCCUAACCACCAUAACCUAUAAACAAUGCAGGGACUUGCAGUUCAAUAUAAUCAGUAUAUUUCCUAGCAGUGAGCUAAACAUUGCUUCUCCCAACCCCCCCCCCCCCCCCAACAAAUAAGCAUCCAUAUAAAGCCCACCAUGGACUGGGAAGGAAUUAAAACUUUCUGCACAGCUCCCCCUGCUCUAAAUUUUCUCUAAAGAAAAACUUCUCAGGAAAUUUAAGCAUUAGGCUCCUCAUGUGUACUGUGCAAAGUGGGGAAAGGCCUAAAUCUUGUUGUUAGCCCUGACUAAAGUGUGUGUGUAUGUUGUGUGCCUUCAAGUCAUUCCCAACUAUGGCAAUCCUAAGGCAAACCUAUCAUGUGGGUUUCUUGGCAAGUUUCUUCAGAGGGGGUUUGCUAUUGCCAUCCCCUGAGGAUGAGAGAGAUUGACUUGCUCAAGGUCUCCCAGUGGGUUUCCAUGGCCAAGGAGAUUCAAACACUGCAUGCCAGAGUCCUAGUUCAGUGCUUAAACCACUCUGUCACACUGGCUGACUAAAUUAGACCCAUUAAAUCAAAUGAAAUUUACCUAUGACUCACCAUUUAGCAAUUGACUGAAUGGAUCUACUCUAGUUGAGACUAACAAACAGGAUACCAGUAAAAGUUUUGUUGCAUGCUACACAUUUAACACAGCAAGUACUGCCAAACUAUAUGUGAUGCCACAUUGUUUAAAAAUGUUUUUACUGAAAAGCAAAACAUGUUAAUAACAUUUUAUUUUUUAAAAAGUUUAUAAACUAAUGAUUAGCUAUAUAAACUUAAAAUUGAAGCAAAGUGGGAAAUAUACAGUGUCCAUGUUCUAGCAAUAAUCUAGCAGUACAUGCACAAAAAGUUUAUUUUUAAUCUCAGAAAUCCAGUUUAUUUUAAAGCCAUGAUUCCUGGUGCACAACAAGCAUGAUCUGUGCAAAGCAAAACAAACACACAUGAUUAAGAGAGCUUCCAGAUCAACAGUUCUAGCCUUUCCAGUUAAAAGAUGGUGUUAAACUUUUCCUCCUUCACUGACUUUGAGGAAAGAUAAGCAGUGAGAAAACAAGUAGAAGUCGAAAUCUGGAAACCCACUCAGGGACAGGAUGAUGGCACUAUAAAAGUAUUCACUAUGUAGGAUCUGGUUCACUCAAAUUUUACUGUAUGUGCAUGUUAAAAGGCCUGACAUUUUAAGCAAAAGCCAUUCAUUUUGCAGCAAUUAAAAUAACUAUAAAUGAAUCAA